GGAAGGCAACUAUGGACGGGUCCGGAGUCAACUUGUUUGCGAAAGUUGGCAGAGUUAAUGUUAAGGUCUGAGGUUGGAUUAGUUAGCACACUAAAUCUGUUUCGGAUCCAUGAUUCAGGAGCGGCCGAGCCGCCACCAUGUGACCCGGUCUGA